AUGACAGUACCCAACCACAUGUUUGAUCUUGUAAGGGCGUAUAAGAGUUUGGAGACUGAGAAAAGCGCCUUGCAAACGGCACUAGAUUCCGUAGUAUCCGAAGGAACCAAGAAUCCUGAAUCGUCAACAUCGCAUGAAACAUUCGAAAGCAAUCUAAAAAUGGCUAUAGCAACACUUACUAGGGAGAAUUCGAAGAAGGAAGCAGCAUUUCUUAGUGACAAGAAGAUACUACUGAAUGAAAACGCGUCACUCAAAGAGCAGCUUAAGAAGGCAUCUGAAAACUUGACUAAUGUUGAAAAUACUGUGAAGAUUCAACAACUGAAGUUGCAAGAAAUUGAAAUCGAUCGAGAAAAAGAGAUUCUUGAUCAUGGUAAGGUAGUGGCAGAGAUGCAAACUCGAUAUGCGAAAGAACACCAGUUACUUGAAGCUGGGACAAAAGAGAUCGCUACUUUAUCCAAGAAAAUCAACCAGAAAGAUGAAAUAAUUAAACUGUUGAAAACACGUGAAGCUGAGCUUCUUUCUCAAGUUUCUACUCUGCAUAAGGAGAUCAAAGAGCUCACGGAGAAAGCUUGUAAUAUGCCAACGAUCCAGAUUCUCAAAGACGAAAUGGCGAAUCUAAAGGUUGACCACGAGCGAGAACUUAUUGAUGCCGUAAUGAAAACGAGAAACACCACACAACUCGAGGAACAAAAUCGAGCUUCAACGAUGAUUGCUGAAUUGGAAGAAAAAACGCUCCAUCUACUGCAAACAAUAGCACGAAGCGAGGAAGCACGAAAUGAUGUCUACGAAGCUUUUCUGCAGUCUCAAUCCGAAAAAGCAGCACUGUCCGAUGAAUUAUGCAAAUUAUAUGACAACCAGAACUUCGAGUCUACGCAUGACGUCGUGGAUCGGUUGAAAUCAGCGAUUGCUGAUGUACGAGAAAAACAGCCUGAAUUUGAUGUCUUCACUUUAAUCGGGCCAGAUCCGGAUAAUGUCAGACUCCAACUUGAGUUAACAAAGUUAAGAGAUGAUUAUGAACAAUGCAAGUCACGUUUGGAAGCAGUAUCUACUAGUAAUACGCAAUUCUCAGUCAGCUCUGAGGUGCUAAAUGAGGAAAGUUUUCGUGACGCCGUGGAGCAAUUUCAAAUAAAAAUUCAAAACUUGGUGGCAACACAUGCCAAAGACAAAGCUGUUUACGAAAAGGCUUCUCGCGACCUCCAUGCGAGAAUUUCCGAGUUGGAACAAAGGGAAGGGCAGCGUGUUACUGAGAUGAGAAGAGAAAUGAACAAUCGAAUAUCCGAAAUGGAAGUUGAGAUGCAAAAGCAGCGUAGUCGAACAAUUGAUGUAGUGGCGGAGAAGGAGAGGGAACUUGAAGCUGCUAGAUCUGUGCUAUUGUCACUUCGACACGAACAGAUGUCUGCUCCUGCUGAUCCUUCACAAACUGGGAAAAUUUCGUCUAGAAAAAUAUCUAGUGAACAUCAGAACUAUUCGGAUAGAAGAUACAGUAUAAGAUCCAGAAAAAGCGUUGAUGCACUCUCGGUGAAUAACGUUGAUGCUGGAAGUGACAAGCUUGCUCUACUUUCUACUGGAGGUGAAAUGGAAUAUUUACGGAAUAUUUUUAUCCAGUUUAUUCAGUCAAACAGUUCCUCUGCUAAGAGAAAUAUUUUGAGAGCUAUGGGAAUGGCCUUGAAACUUAGUGUUAAUGAAAUGAAAGCCCUUGAUAAUAAAUAA